AAUGGCUUCUAAAUAUUUAUAAAAAUACCCAGUUCCUGAAGGAUUCCACUAAAUUUUACAUGAUUUUACAAGAGAAGUAGAAGUGAUCAAUUAAUAAAGGUUUUGAGAGAUUAACCAGAAGACAUAAUAAAAUAUGGUGUAGAAUAUUUUGAAUGUAUGAGAGACGGAAAAGAAUUCAAAUUUGAGAGCAAAUUUAAUAUUGCAAAAGGAUAGGCUCCAGGAAGAUCACAUCUACCUCCUAAACCAAUUAAUUCUAUUGAAUAAGCUAAGAAAGUUGUUGAGACAUCUAAUUAAAGAAAUGAUAAUGAAAGGAAAGCUUCAGCUCCAAAAAAAUAGGCCUCUGGUUCAUCUCAUAGAACAAGACAAGAGUCAGCAGGUUCAUAAGCUAGUCAUCCAGAAGAAAAGAAAGCAGCAAAAGAUUAUGUUAACGAACUUUAUUAAAAAGUGGAAUAAGAUAUAGAUGAUAUUGAGGCAGAAAGGAUAGAAGCUAAUAAUGCAUUUUUCUAGCCUCAUUUUGUAAUAAAUAAAGUUUAUAUCUAUAUUAGGAUGAGAAAGACAUGGAGAAAAUAGUUAAAAUAUAAGCAAGUGCUAAAGGAAUGCUUGUUAGAAAUUAAUUGAAGUAAUAACAUUAAGUGGAGCCAUAGAUUGUUUAUAAGGAAGAUGAAGAGAAGAAUGUUGAAUAAGAUAUUUAAGAUAUGGAGGAAGAUUAAUGAU